UUGUAUCAUAGAACUGUUUCUGACCUUCUUGGCAUUGAAUUAGUUUUCCAAUAUAUAAAAACUAUUGCUAUUGUGCAUAUAAACGAUAUAACAGUCAAAGCAAAUCCAGUACCAAAAGUUAAGGAUACUGUUGAUGAGGAUGCGUCCAAGGUUGAAGCUAAAAAUGUAGAUGAAGUUGUAAGACAAGCGCCAUAUAAUCCGUACCCAUAUUGA